AUGGACACUCUCGUCGCAAGAUACAGCCGGCCGGCAUACCAACAGGAUGAGCCCGUCGAGGAUGAGGCCCACGAUUUCAUGAACCCGGCGUCGACCCUCGCCGGCAAGUUUGCCAUGCCCCCCAUUGCCCAGCCCUCGUCCUGGCUCCGCGCCGCCACCGACGACCACUCCAACCCCGACUGCCCCAUCAAAAUCGCCCACGGCACCACGACGCUGGCCUUUCGCUUCCAGGGCGGCAUCAUCGUCGCCACCGACUCGCGUGCCUCGGCCGGCAACUGGAUCGCCUCCCAGACGGUGAAAAAGGUCAUCGAGAUCAACAGCGUCCUCCUCGGCACCAUGGCCGGCGGUGCCGCCGACUGUCAGUACUGGCUCGCCUGGCUCGGCAUGCAGUGCCGCCUCCACGAGCUGCGCCACAAGCGCCGCAUCAGCGUCGCCGCCGCCAGCAAGAUCCUCGCCAACCUCGUCUACGGCUACAAGGGCAUGGGCCUCAGCAUGGGCACCAUGUGCGCCGGCGUCACAAAGGAGGAGGGCCCCGCCCUCUACUACGUCGACAGCGACGGCACCCGUCUGGCCGGAAACCUCUUCUGCGUCGGCAGCGGCCAGACGUUUGCCUAUGGCGUCCUCGACGCAGAGUACAGCUACGACCUGAGCGUCGACGAUGCCCUCGAGCUCGGCAGGCGCAGUAUCUUGGCGGCCACGCACCGCGAUGCCUUUUCCGGCGGCUUCAUCAACCUCUACCACAUCAAGGAGGAGGGCUGGGUCAAGCACGGCUUCAGCGACACCAACCCCAUCUUCUGGAAGACGAAGCUCGAGAAGGGCGAGUUUACCAACGUGACGAGCGAGCUGGUCUAG